CACGCACAUACGUUCGUUAGGCAAUAUACCUCUUUUGUCCAGCUAGUCCUCUCCAUAUAGACCUCGUUAGUCCGGAAUAAUCGACUCCCGAUUUCCCCUCUGAGCUACGAUCCGAGAGACCCCGCUUCAUCAAGGAAAUGAGGGGCGAGAAAACUCCAUCGAUAGAUAUGCAUACUCCGGAGUACGGAGUACGUACAUGAUCGUAUCGUAUCCCCCUGAAUUUCCUUUGGCCACUUCGUUUUUCUCAUAGGUCACUCUUCCUUCCUUUCGGCUUAUCGAGAACAUGGGUGAAUUCGUGCGCGCAGAAAUCCUUGGGACUACUUAUGAGAUCACCGAGAGAUAUAGCGACCUCCAACCACGAGGCUUCGGCGCUUCGGGUGUAAUCUGUUGCGCACACGAUUCGCUAUCCAACCUCCCAGUAGUGCUCAAGAAGAUUGCGAAUCCGUUUGAUAAUGUCGCUGUUAUGAAGCGUACAUUUAGAGAGGUGCACUUGUUGAAUAAACUGCGACAUGAUAAUCUUAUCAAUAUGAAUGAUAUCUUCAUCUCUCCGUCGGAAGACUUAUAUCUGGUCACAGACUUUAUGAUGACAGAUCUGCAUCAAGUUAUCCAAACGACAACAUUGGAGGGCCAAUUCGUCCAGUUCUUUACUUAUCAGAUCCUGCGAGGAUUGAAAUACAUCCACUCAGCCGGUGUUAUCCAUCGUGACCUGAAGCCCCAAAAUCUCCUCGUUAACAACAACUGUGAUCUUAAAAUCUGUGACUUUGGACUCGCGCGGGAGCAAGACCACCAGAUGACCGGCUAUGUCGUGACAAGAUAUUACCGGGCCCCAGAAGUCAUGUUAACAUGGCAGCAAUAUAGCUAUGCAGUUGACAUGUGGAGCGUAGGAUGCAUUGUUGCAGAAAUGCUCCGGGGGUCGCCUCUCUUUCCAGGUCAAAACCAUAUUGACCAAUUCACGAUUAUCACGCAAGUUCUGGGAAACCCGCCUCCGGAGGUUGUCGAGAGGGUAUACAGCAGAAAUACACUGGAAUUCCUGGAGUCGUUACCACCGCGUGAGACACAUCCGUUUUCAUUGUUCUUCACGGGUGUUGAAGAGGAAGCGGUCGACCUCAUCGAGAAAAUGCUUCAACUUGACCCGUACAAGAGGAUCACUGCUACAGACGCCCUAUCCCACCCAUAUCUUGUGAACUUUCAUGAUUCAGAAGAUGAACCUGAAGCUAGUCAAGAAAUUGACAUGUCAUAUGAUGAAGUGGAAUUUUCGCCGGAAGAGUGGAAGAAAAGAACGUACUGUGAAGUUUUAGACUUCCAUGGAGGUCUUGCACCAAGUAAGCCGAGUGCUUUAGAGUGAGAAAGGCAAUUUUGACGAUUCCACACAAGAUAACAUGAUGGAGGCGUAGAUAGUCCCAGUCCAUGAUGCAGCACUGGAAACCUCAAUUCAGAAAUUAAUCCAUACAAAGCCUGGUCAAUCGAGAGAUAACACACUAUGGGUUAAGUGUCAUCUCCGUUAUAUAAAUAAUCAAAUUUCGGUGCACGAAACCUGGUCUGUCAUAGCUUUAGGGCACAAUAACCAAUAAUGAUAACAUGAAACGAUAAGACCCGGGAAUACGAUAGGCCGGGGACUACGAGUAUGCAUCUACAUCUCUUGUGAUGAAUAUGAAUAAAUAGGAAAAACAAAUGAG